CUAGCUAUGUGUCAUUCAGUAAUCGUUCAUGUUAGAACGUCGCCAUUACGGAUUUAUUGGAUUGAAGGUCUGCUUUUUAAACAUACCAAGCACAGAAGUUUUACUUUUGUGUGUUUCCAUGACAACGGCAUAGCCAACAACUAUUGGAAACAAACUUUUACGGAUUAGGUGGAUCGAAGUGCUGUACGUUUAACAUGGAAAUGGCAACAGUCCUACUUUUUUGUGUCUCCAUGACAAUGGUAUUGACUGAAAAUGGAUCAGUGGUGGACACAGGGGUCGAUCAACAUUGGUACCAGAUAAAUACCAACUGCUCUUUAUAUGUAUCAGCCUCAGAAGUUGAGCAAUAUCAUCGAGUGAAAGAAAUGGCGACAAAGCUGGUCUACGUUCAGUUCAAGUACAAUGGAACACAAUGGGAUGUGAUUAAAGUUCUAGAUGAAAAGUCCAAAUAUCUCCUGCCGUUAGGCGAUUAUGCAGCAACAUACGUGAUAUUUUCUCUAUAUAUGCUUUCGUUUGGAAUAGAACAUACCAGUAUAACAUUAAAUAUGUGUCCUCAGCAGUGUUUAAAUGACUCAACUGAUUCUAUAUUUCUGUCGAUGAUGCUGGUAUCAGAUGAUUUCAAAACGGUAUGCGAAGAUCGCAAAUGUUUGGAAGAUCUAUUUGCGACAAGAACAGUGUGCGUUAAAAGACAGGAACAUGUGCCCAUAUGUACAGUAUUUAAUGGGAGGGAUAAACCUCUUAUGGAAGUUCUACAUAUACCGUAUGCAAUAUCUUUUUAUAUUGUGUUAUUUUUAUUUUAUUUUUAUUUUUUACUCUACUUUGUGUGCUAGCCAUGUAUCUUUUAUAUGUUAUCGUUACUCGUUCUGAUUUGUCAUUUAUGUGUUUUUUAUUUAUUUAUUUAUUCCUUAGCAUAAGUUUGCUCAUAAAAAUAUGCUUAAGACCGCCAACAAUUAACAUAGACUCAAUUAAUCCUGGCAGUAUUUUGUAUGGUUUUAAGGACUGUUCUUUUAUCGUAUUGAUGCUACUCUAUAUAUUAGCCCUACCUUUUAUUUCAUUUUAUAAUGCAUUUCAGCUUAUUGCUAGAUAUAAACGCUACCGUGCUCUCUUUGGACCAACCUAUCGGAAUUGCAGGGGAAAUAUUAAAGCUUGGUCUGAUUUAUUUGCCUGGCUCUUCUUUUGCACCGUCAUCGCUUGGAUGACUUAUUGUGUAAUAGUUUUAACGCUGAUUGGUAUAACAACGAAUUCUGUUCCUUAUUUACCACUUGUGAUGGCAAGUAUUGUUUACUGGGUAAAGAUUUCUGCUCGACUGUCCAAUUGGUAUAGAGUUUUUUUCGAAACAAUCUUAGAAAAAGUAAUGUCAAUGAUUGAGAAACACUCUCUUGAAAUAAUGCUGCAGUCACGAAAGAAUUGCUUUCUGGUCGUACGAUCUCGGUCGCCAUUGCAAAUACAAGGUGACCGGUUGCAAGUCUCUGGAAUUCCUAUAUUUAUAGAUAGAGAAGGAACUCUGAAAUUAACAAAAGCAUUCUUCCACAGGUGCUUAAAGAUAAGAAAUGAACGUUCACACAAUAAUUCCUUCCGCACAUCUUCAGAUGCAGUACGGCAAUUGAUUAAUGUGAAUAUUUUUCUAUUUAUAAUAGCUCUGAUAAUAAUGAGUUUUGGUGUGGUUGGUGAACUCUCGACGUCGUACUUGACACUGGUUUCAUUAGCGGGAGGAGUCCUUCCAUUCCUGUUCGACAACUUCAUUAUUAAAGAUAGUUCCGUGUCUGAUAUAGGUGCAGAUAUAAUCCUUAAACAUGACCUUGAAUAUCUUGUAAAUUCGUAUGAGGAGUCAUUUGAAAUCGAUGGCUAUCCACAAACAGAACAGUCUAUUUUGGUCUCAAAUGGAUAUGAACUAACUACCGUGCGGUCUCAUCUCUCACCUGAUGGACAAGAACUGAGUACCGUACCGUCUGAUUCCACGACAGAAAACAUCACAGAGGUAGGAGACAUAUCAGAGAUGAAUCCAUUGUUGUCCUUAAACACGUGUAGGGAUGUAAAAGUCCGAAUUCAGAUAGAAGAUGAUGGCCAGGAAAGAAAAACAGAAGUGCAAGGAGACCCAAGCUUUAUUGACAUUAAGUAGACUUAUUUUUACUUUUUGAACAACAGUUGGUUAUUAUCUCGGCAUUGAUAUCAUUUUGCGAUUGGUUUUGUUUCACGGAUAGGACUUGGUAUUUUCUCCCAUAUACAUUUUUUAAACAAAUGGUACAUUCUUAAAUUGUAAUUGUAACUGUGUAAUUUUUCCUUGAUAUGAAGUAAUCAGCAUCGCCCAGCGUUAGUUACGUAGAUGUUAUAAAAGAACUGUACUGUAAAUCGUAAGAAUCUGAAAUUUAGUCUAUAUCCUGUUUACCAUUGUCUACAUGAAAUCUAUUUAUAGACACCAGGUAACCAACUUUCCUACGGGUCGGAUCCAAACGCCGAUGUUUUCUCGCGUUUUAGCGAAGUUUCUCACACAGGCAGGAACAAUUAUAAACAUGGGGGUGGGGGGUACUCGUUAUAAACAACACAAACGAUAAACAAACACUAAGUUUUAUUAAUAUCAUACUUGAAGCUUUUUUCCUCUUGCGUAACAUUACAAUGUAGUUAAUGCAGACCUAGUCUACACUGAUUAUUAGUUAUAACACGUUUAAGGAAUCUAGCAGAAUAAACGACAAUAUGACGUCAAUGAACUCUCUUGGAAUAAGUUUAUACUUGUUAACAAAAGUGAAAGGAAACAAUUAUGUUGCAUGUUAACACACACGCAAUUUCAAAGAAAAAUAAGCAAUUAUUUAAUAGUGAAUUUUGAUUAAUAGAGUAUCAGGUAUUAUAAUGAUUAUUAUGAAUAUUAAUUUAGGCAAACAGGAAAUGGUUCUGGGAAGGUGCUUUGUGAGGAAUAAUCAAAACUGCUGUUUAAGCCCGAGGUUGGUUUUCCGUUGUUCAUAACAAUUAACUCCCAUGCUAAUAUACUCGCAAUCGCAACUGAGAAACAUUAAUAACAAUUUGAGGAAACAAGCAAAGAACAUGAUGCGUUUCAUUCCUAUUCUCUGUAUUUGCAAAUAUUUAAAAAAUAUCUUAAUUUGUCUUUAUCUCUCGAUUUACUGACUAAAUAUCAGACUCAUUAAGUAUGUAUAACUCGUGUGAUAUUUAAUGCAUGAUUUCUAUUUUAUUCAUAUUUUUACAUGCUGUACAUUGUUUAUAAUGAAUAACCAUAUCUCACAAUCGAUGGCCUGUACUUAUGAAGUGUACCAAUCAUCUCCUGUUUGUUGUUCGAUUUGUGGUGGCACUGUUGUUGUAUUCUUAUAAUAGUUCCUUACUCAUGACACACCUGACGCACAUUCGAUGGUACGUCAGUGAUAAAAAUAGAUACAAUUAGUACACUUAAUGACUCAAAGUCCAGGAUAUGAUCAAAAUAGAUACAAUUAGUCACGUAAUGAUUCAAAGUCCAGGAUACGAUUGCUUCAAGCAUGGUUAGCUUAACGAAACAGUUCUUUUAUAAUUUGAUGUAUAAUUUUGAAAUCCAUAACCAUUAAUAGUAAAAAAGAUACUUAUGCCUUGAACUUAACUUAAUCAAUUAAUUUACACAAAAACACAUUUUUAUUGAUACACAUACACAAGAAAUUACCCUAAUGUAUCAUUAAGCUAACUAUGUUUGAAACAACGAGAUGCAACGCAUGAUUUGUACCAUGAUGUGUUAGGUUCAUGACAUAUUAAGGCAUUGAUGUUUAAUUCAUCAUAUUUUUGAAAUACUUAAAAUGAAAAACAAAAUAAAUGUAUUAUGUAUUGUAUGUGAUUCGAUUAACAUUUUGCACAAAGAGUUUACAUUUUUCUUUUAAAAAAAAAUACAACGUAACAGCUGAUGAAUCGUAUCCAUGUGUCAAUUAAUAAUGUACAAAAUCUUGGAUAGGUAUAUACGAAGUAUAUGUUGAACUUCGUACUCUCGUGUAAAGUCAUUGACCCGUUACGUGUGUUUCCAUACAUUCAAUUAAUGGUACUCAAUACUUGUUUUCAUAAUUCAACUACUUCUGUAUCCAUCCCAAGGAGAGGUUUUAGUAUUUUUGUUAUUAUACAAGACUUCAUUGUUUUAUUUGCUAACUCUGUUAAAAGUUGCUUGUUGAAAUAUUUUUGGUGUAACCGGCAUAUUUCGCUACCUUUGUGUUUAUGGAUUCAAGCGUUUUCUAUUAAUAUUAUAAUGCAUCUACCAAAGUGCUGAUUAACCACAUUAUAAAGGGCAGAUGUUCAAUAUGAUGCUUACAUAUAGAGAUAUUAUUAAAAAAUAUGCCUCAGAAAUUACUCCAGUUAUAUAAGCAUUAUUGGAAAUAUUUUCAUUGAUAUUGAUGCUCAUUAAUGUACAUGUAAAUAUCAAGAUAGUAAACAUUGAUAUACGUGUCAUGGAAUUGUAAUGAAAACACACAUACAUGUACAUUGCAAAUAUAGCAACAUAAUAGACUGAGAAAGUGUGGUUAUAUGUCAUAUGUCGCUCAACCCAUUUAUCAUGCUUAAGGUGGUUUGACAAAUGGUGGCUGUAUAACGAGGCCUUACUGUUAAUGCUGUAUCACAUUUUCAUUCUUUUAGUCAAUUCAGUCUAAUAUAAUUUCUAAUUGUAAUCUCUCAACGGAAACAUUUAAACGUUGUUUUUUUGGUACAGUGUAUAUCUGUUUGCAUUAUUUGUAAUAAGAUGUAUAUUAAUCAUAUCUUAAACCUCAAGGGCCCAGAUGUUUAACAUGUGAUUAGCUUAACCCCUGUUUAACGACAUUUUUAAAGUUGUGUUUAUUUGGCCAAUAUACAAUGUUGAAAACUAGUAAUCUUUCAUGCAAUUUAACUCUACUCAAUAUACGAAAAGAUUUACCUCAGUCGAUGUGUUUUAAAGAUGCACAAACAAUUAAAUUGAAGCUUAUCACUGAUUAAUCUAAAUACCUUUAUAACAACUGGGCCCAGAAAAGAGUUAAUAGAACUUCACUCAAUGUUAGUAAUAUCUUACAUUUUUCUUGUAACUUUUUUAAGUCUUAAAUGGAUGAUUGUGUCUGAUUUUAAUGAUUUUAGAAAAGUAGUUUGGCAUACAAAAGUUUAAAGUGUGACAUUUUAUGUGUUACAUACAAUCAGUUUUCUUAUGUAAGCGAGAUAACUGCUAGAUCUACGAGAACAUCAACGAAACUUUAUAUACAUUAAGGAAGAACUAUUAAAAAGAGUUUUUUCCCUUUACCCGUGAUGUGGAAUUAAUUAAACAGCAGUGUUAAAAACGCAUGCAGUGUGGAUGUUUUCAAAAAGAAUUACCUAAAACAAUUAUACUGUGAUACAUAA